UAUACGUUCUGCUUUAAGUUUAGCCUGUGGUUUCAGAAACACUUGCCUGGCAGCUGUCUGUUGGCAGCUUCUGGAAUAACUUUGGUUUUGUCUUCUUCUGAUCUGAUUUUUGUAAAUAUGGGGUGUUUUUUUGAGUAACAUCACCAUGAUAGAAAGUUGUUAAUUUCCCUGAAUAUUGAUGCAUUUGACACUUGAGUACAAUGGAAAUGAAAGGUGACCUGGUUUUAAUGGCUCAGUGUUUAUCAGCUAACUUCUUUGCUCCCUCUCUCUGUUCUGUGUUUGGUUGUAGCUGCUGCCCGCAGGAUCUGCCUGCAGCUGGCACUCAUUAUCAGCCCGGUGAAGGAAACAAGGUUUAAAAGUACAUGGAAUGUAAACCACCCUAUUUCCUGUGAGGUUUGCUCCCCUCCCAGUCUAGGGGCAGAAUACUCGCUUGGAGUCCCAACCACAUCUGCCGCAGCAGAAAUCAGUCACGUGAGUAAGCAGCGUCUAUUUAACGGCUUCUGUCUAGUAUUUGGAUGAGAUUCAGCUUCUGAUACUUAAUCUUCUGAGGAAAAGGGGAUUUAGGAAAGGCAUCAAUGGAGAACUCCUCAAACUGUCGAUGGACUGGACCUGGUGCUGCGCAGUGGUGUGGCUCAGCGAAGGCGCUCAUCUCCAUCUGCGUGGGAAGGGCAACUCUAAACCCACCAUGCGGCACCUCUGCCGAGCCGUGGAGACGAGGAAAUUUCUGUGGCUCCGAUCAGUGGACAAAACCAUCCGCAGCUGUCUGACUGCUGCUUGCAGAGGCAGCUUCACAUGUUUGCACUUUAUGGACAGAUGGUAUUUCUUCAAAAUCUGUUGAGACGGGGGUGUCACCUUCUUCCCCACCAGAAAGUCACAAGAAGACAAAUGUAGCUGUUUGUUUCAAAAGGGGAAAUGGUGUAAAUAACACCAACUCCCUAAGUCAGGUGGGUGAUAGGAAGAAGGCUGAACUUCCCUAGAUGGAUGUGUUUGGUGGAAUUUGGUUUCAGUUUUGAACAGCCUGGUGACGUACAGGAGCUCUGACCCUUCAGUGGCCUUUGUUGUCUCUAAAUGCCGUGUUACAGCAGUUAGGAGCUCUGCAGCAUCGCACCUCCAUCAGAAACAUCUCAAUUCAUGUAUUUAACAUCCUCUUCUAGAUCUGCUGCCCAUUGAUAUUAAAAACUCGUGCACUUUUCCAGUAGCAUCACUUCUGUUUUAAAAGGGAAGAAAAAAAUGGGGAACUAAAUCAUGUGUAUGUCAUUUUUUUUCCACACAGACAGUAGUAAGAUAGAGUAUGUAAGAAUCUAUUCUGUGACAGCAGCUGUAAUCGGAGAGCUCUGGACUGCGUGAUUAUCCACCUGUCUUACCUUACUGGGGCUGAAGUUUCAUUUGUGUGGAGAGCUGCCGGCUGACUGGCACGGCAUUACUGUUGAUGUGAACUGCCAGCACUGGGAAAAGUACUGAGCCUUAAUUGAUGACUCUAAAAGCAUUUGUAUGGUGACCUGCAUUUUGGAUGCAAUCCUGAAUAAUUAUCAGCAUCUUUUGAAGCUCCUUGGCACCUCACAGGAGGGCUCAGGCCAAUUCAGAAUCAACCCUUACAUCUGAAUUCGAUCUUGACUUCCUUCCUACGCCACCUCUUUACUUCUUUAGAAAUUGCUGUCUUUCGAUGGAAAGAGUUGAUUUGCAGCUGAUGGUAAUGAUCUAGGUGAGUAAAGUAAUUCUGCUGGGUUUUAUUGUUCAUAAGUACGGCUUGCCUCAACCAGGCACGAUGCAGAAGAGAUACAGAUGGUAUUACAGAUGAAGAACCCACUUAAUGUCCUUCCUGCAUCUUCAGAAUUACUUUUGUUGACAGGAUAUAGUGGUUAAAAUUGUAGAAAAGCAUGCAGCUUACUGUCUACUAAAAAUAAAUAGUGUAGAGAAAAAGGAAAAUCGGUCUUUAUGAAAAAAAUGCUUUGUUUAUUAUUUUUAUUAUUAUCCCUCUUUGUCCAAAGGAAUUUGAGGUACUCAGCUUGUCUUUUCUCCACUCACAGGACUACACGGAACUCUGGUGAUCAGACCGCUUCUCACACUUGUCAUCAUGUUGGCGGAAGGCAUCUUAACUCAACUCGUAUAUAAAGAAAGCUGUCAUCAAGAUAAGCCUCACAAAUCUUAUGCAUCCAAGAAGGAUAAAGAGGGAAUCUGGAGAGAGAAACUUGUAGAUGAUCCAAAAAUUAAAGGCUUUGCUGGUGGACGUGAGAAGCAGGAUGAGACCUCUGCUAGAAGUAGCAAAAUGGAGCACAGGAGUGUUCCUCAGUGGAGAUCUGUAAAAGAGGUACCUGUAGAAGAUCAGAAAAGCCUUGUUAAAGCACCCAUAUCUCCGGCUUUAUGUAUCCCCAAAAGAGAACAAAAUACCAAAGAGAUGGAUUUGUAUACAUCCUGGUCAUGCAACAGCAUUUAUCAAAACUAUCCUGACUUACACAUCGGAGGAGAUCGCGUGGGGGACCAUACGUGUGAUUCAGGUUGUGUUUUGGACCAUGUAUGUGAUGAACUUCCUGACGGCCCUGUUUUACUGUCCAUAGAUAUUCCUCUAGGUCAAUCUCCUCUAUGUGAGCAUCCCAAAAAGCUGAGUAUGGAGUCCCUGUCUGGAGAUGAAGCUGGAGAGAAGAGCAUUGUACUCCGUGAGGAGCCUCUUUCAAACUCCACACUCAACAAGUACAUGGAAUCAAAAGUGGCAGAGCUCUACAAACAGUUUUUUGAAGAAAACUUGACCAGGUGUGGUUCUGUAACAAACCUCUUCACGUGCAGUUUGAUAAGGAAUAGCCUGAAUCAGAUAAGCUUUCAGAUAUCCCGGGAGCAGAAUAUAGAAACAUCAAAAGCCACGGAAGUGCUCUUGCACUCUUUAGCUUUGUUUAGUUUGCGUAACGCUACCAAUAGAAAUAGCUCUGAAUUUAGCACCCCAAACUUACAAAUCUCAAACUCAGCAUGCAUGAAAAAGAGCGACACAAGGGGGUUUACAUCAUGACUGAUCUGCUCAGCUGAAGAGAAGAAUACCAUUUGGAUACAAGUAUUUCACCAUGAAGAUUACGUUGGGAAAUAAAAACAUUUCCACACUACAGACUUUUCCAAAUAAAUAUUUCAACACUUUCACCAUACGUUCUUAGCAGAGGAUGUAAAGGUCACUGUUUUCUUUAUUCUUAUACAGAAUGGGAAAUUAAUUUCUCUCUGAAAUGCUAGUCAACCAUAUUUUUAUAAUCUUUUAUACUGUCCUCCUCCCAAGGCUCUGGCUGUGUGAUUAAUUGUACUCAUGUACCACCGGGCUCACUCCUGCAAGAGAAAUUAAUCAAGACGUGUGCUGGUAAAACUUUGCUCUAAGGGACUGAUCCACCCACCGGGUGAAAGAGUCAAGGUGUCUUUGCUGGACUUUGGGUUAGGCCACAGAGUUGAAGCCUAAGGUUUGGACUUUCAAGUUCAGAUUUUGCUCUUGCGAAGCUUGAUCGCUCUGUCGGAAGAAAUAUUUCUUUGGUUUGCAGAUCUUGUCAGCAGAUGGAGUUGUUGUGGACUCUGGAUUGUUUGGUGUAUAUUACCAUACACAGAAACUGGAUUGACAUGAAACAUGAACCAGGACGCUGAUGUUGUUGCAGGUGUGUGUUCAUACUGCAUAGGUGAAAUGCUACAAUGAAAAUCUAGGUGAAAGAGUUGAUCAAGAUUGU